AUGGGGAUUCAAGCAUUAUUAGACAUUGAGGCUAAUCAUUUACCUGAGACGUUGGAAUUAGUUCGGUUCAAUAGACGAGUAUUAUACAACGAUUCACACAUUACCACUAUGGUGAUGCGGUCCAAUUAUCCCAAAACCACGCCGAAACCGAGCAAAAGAUCUCUUCUCUACUUUACACAAACAUUUGCUUCGCAAGAGCCCGGUCUGUGCUUGCGAUAA